CACCUUUCAUAUACCCGAACCUUGACCCUUCCACCCAAAAACCCUCAUGCCUCUCCUCCACCCUUCCUCGAAACCAUCCUCUACACAAUGAUCCCCUCCCUCCCCACCGAACUCCACCACCAAAUCCUCCACUACCUCGCCGCCAUCGACCCAACAACCCUAAUCCACACCUGCCGCGCCGUAUGCUUCCAAUGGCGGCAAUAUGUCGAUCACCAUCUCGUGGGUUCAGGUGUGGGGGUGUUAGGACGGAUCGUGUCGAUACAUGUACAAGCGAGGUUGGAGAUGGAUUUGACGGAUCGGUUGACAAGGAAGAACUUGAGGAAAUUUGGGAACGCGGGUGAGGAGGUGAGGAAGGAGGAGCUUGUCGUACGCACCGUUGACGUAUAUUUCCGUUCACCCUCUUUUAUCGAGGGAUUCCGGCCCCCAAUCCCGGUCGAUUCACCUACUUCGAAAGAGGUUAUCCAUAUCAAUAUCGAAGCUAGGAAUGCGGUCAUCGAUGGCCUCGGACUUCUACGAGCGGUGUUCUGGAUGGGGAUGGGAUUGGAUCGAGCUAUACGGUCGUAUGAGCGGUUAAUUGGUAAGGUGAAGGGAAGAGGGAAGAAGGAGCUUGAGGAGUGUUUCGAGGAGGCGUGUAGGAGGCUGAAGGUGAAGAGGAGGUAUUGGAGGACGCAGAGGUAUGGAGUUAGCCAGCGCAUGGAGGACUAUUGUUGGCGGAAGAUGUAAGUAGGGGUGGCUAUAACCUUCAAGAAUUGUGUCAUGCACUUCUCGUUAUGCUCAUGUCCUCUCCAUUUUCCCACGGUCCAUCCUUCCUGCCCUAUAAGCUAUCAAUAUUGUUCUUGACA